AUGAACUCAUCUAGUAUUCACUCAUCUUGCAAAUUAGGCAGACAGUUUCAUCUGAACGCUCUGCACAUGCCUGGUGAUGUGAUUCUGGGUGGACUGUUUGAAGUUCACUUCACCUCAGUCUUCCCUGAGCUAAUCUUUACCUCUGAGCCAACUAAGAUCAGCUGUCAAGGGUUUGACCCUUCGGGCUUCAGACAUGCCAUGACCAUGGCCUUUGCUAUCUAUGAGGUCAAUGAAAAUCCCAACUUGCUCCCCAAUUUGACUUUGGGGUACAGUCUUUACGACAACUGUGCUACACUUGUGAUUGGAUUUAGUGCUGCUAUGUCACUCUUCAAUGGCCAAGAUGAGGAAUUCAUGCCUGAGGAAAACUGUUCAGGAAGACCUCCAGUUCUGGGAAUAGUGGGCGACUCUUUCUCCACCUUUACUAUUGCAACUUCUGAUGUGAUAAGUUUAUUCAGACUUCCAAUUGUAAGUUACUAUGCUACAUGUUUAUGCCUCAGUGAUCGCAAGAGAUUUCCAUCUUUCUUCAGAACAAUACCAAGCGAUGCAUUCCAGGUUCAUGCCAUGUUACAGAUUUUGAAGCGUUUUGGCUGGACAUGGGUGGGGCUGUUGGUCAGUGAUGAUGAUUAUGGACACUAUGUAGCCCAGUCCUUCCAGUCUGAGUUGCAUUAUUCUAUUGGAGGUUGUUUGGCUUAUUUGGAGACGCUGCCCUGGGGAGAUAAUCCAGUCGAGCUGAGGAGGAUUGUGGGAUUGAUGAAGAAAUCAACAGCUCGGGUUGUUAUUGUUUUUGCUCAUCAAAUACAUAUGAUUCAACUUAUGGAAGAGGUGGUAAAUCAGAAUGUGACAGGUCUACAGUGGAUGGCCAGUGAAGCCUGGACAUCAGCAAAUGUUCUUCAAACACCUCGAUUCAUGCCAUACCUCGGUGGUACGUUGGGUAUCGCCAUCCGUAGAGGAGAAAUUCCUGGGCUUAGAGAUUUUCUUCUGAGAAUACGUCCACAUGACAAAAUUGACGACGAAAAUAGCAUGGUUAAGCAGUUCUGGGAGCACACAUUUCAGUGCCGAUUUGCACCACCUCCAGUAGAAUGGAUGGAAGCUGGUGGGGCCUUGUGCAGUGGAGAAGAAGAUCUACAGACUGUAGAGACUACAUUUCUGGAUGUCUCUAACCUCAGACCUGAGUACAACAUUUACAAAGCUGUGUAUGCUCUGGUGUACGCUCUUGAUCAGAUGCUACGGUGUGAACCAGGAAGAGGACCUUUUAGUGAGCACAGCUGUGCAUCUUUGCAACAAUUGGAGCCUUGGCAGCUUAUGCAUUACUUGGAAAAGGUCAACUUUACGACAUCUUUUGGUGACGAAGUGUCCUUUGACAAAAAUGGUGACGCUUUACCAAUAUAUGAUGUCAUGAACUGGGUUUGGCUUCCUGGAGGAAAAACAGAAGUUCAGAAUGUAGGUGUUGUCAAAAAGACACCCAUGAAGGCUGAGGAACUUAUGAUCAACGAAGAUAAGAUCUUCUGGAACUUUGAUACGGUGCCACGGUCAGUGUGCAGUGAGAGCUGCCCUCCAGGUACCCGGAUAGUGAGAAGGAAGGGACAACCUCUGUGUUGUUUUGAUUGUGUCCCAUGUUCUGAAGGAAAAAUCACCAAUCAAACAGACUCUAUUGAGUGCCUCAGUUGUCCAGAAGACUUCUGGUCCAGCAAACAAAAUGACCACUGUGUUCCGAAGGAAAUAGAGUUUCUCUCCUACGACGACCCUCUUGGUAUAUGCUUGACAACCGCUUCGUUGCUGGGUACAUUCAUCUGCAGCAUUGUUUUUGCCAUCUUCAUCUAUCACCGCAGCACACCUGUAGUGCGGGCAAACAAUUCUGAACUGAGCUACCUCAUUUUGGUGUCACUUAAGUUGUGUUUUCUCUGUUCCCUACUGUUCAUCGGACAACCUCAACUGUGGACGUGCCAACUGAGACAUGCUGUGUUUGGGAUCAGCUUUGUGCUUUGUGUUUCAUGUAUUCUAGUUAAAACCAUGGUGGUUCUAGCUGUGUUCAGAUCUUCAAAGCCUGGAGGCGGAUCCAAACUCAAAUGGUUUGGAAGUGUUCAGCAAAGAGGAACAGUUUUAGCUCUCACUUGUGUUCAGGCAGUAGUUUGCACUGUUUGGAUUAUCUCUGCCUCACCAACCCCACAUGCAAACACCAGAUACCACAAUGACAAGAUCAUUUAUGAAUGUGUCGUUGGCUCCACAAUUGGAUUUGCAGUCCUGUUGGGCUACAUAAGCCUACUGGCUAUCAUAAGUUUUCUGCUUGCAUUUCUGGCUAGGAAUCUUCCAGACAACUUUAAUGAAGCCAAAUUCAUCACUUUCAGUAUGCUAAUUUUUUGUGCUGUGUGGGUGGCCUUUGUUCCUGCCUAUGUUAACUCUCCAGGUAAAUAUGCUGAUGCAGUGGAGGUGUUUGCCAUAUUGGCCUCCAGUUUUGGCCUCCUUGUGGCGCUGUUUGGACCUAAAUGUUACAUAAUCCUACUGAAGCCAGAAAAGAAUACAAGGAAAGCUAUAAUGGGCAGAGACAUAAAAAGAUAAAAUGAAUAAUCAAUGACACGUCCA